AUGGUACCUAAAUAUGGCCUAAACAAGGGGGGCGACCAUGAUGCAUUUUGGUUUAUCGAUUUCUAUGCAAAAUCCUUCUGUCGCGCAGCAGGUCGCGACACCGUUCACGAGCAUCCAAGCACGCUCUCUGGUACGGCCAAAGAAGAGAGACGAACGGCAUUGUCGAAAUGGGCGGGUUGGUCGCGAGUGCAUUUCCCGUCCAGCUACUUGACGAGCGAGCCAAUCAUGGAGGGUGACAAGAUCGACGAGCGAGUCAGUCAGAAAACAAACCAGAAGGAUGAGGACGAAGAGUCGAGGUUGACGAUGGAGGUUGAAGUUGACUAUUUGCCUAAACAGGACAAAGGCGCUAGCCGCGGCGCUUAUGUCAGGCUUAUAUAA